AUGGGUGGUAAUCAUGGUCGUCUUAUGGUUUUUAUCGUGCUCUGUUUCUUCACAAGAAGCGAGUCAUGGAAUUGGUUCUCAUCAUCAUCAUCAUCAUCAACCUCCGGAAGGACCCAUUGUGGAUCAAACACAGUGAGAGGUUCAGUUGCAGAAUACUCAGCGGAAGGUUUAAAUGACGAGAGGGGAAUAAAGUUAGUGGAGAACGCAAAGGAGAAAAUGGUGAGAUCAAACUGGUGUUGGCAAAACGCAUAUAAGAAUGUAUUUGCAGGGUGUUCUGAGAUUCUAGCAGAUGAAGAGAAACGUUCAAGACUUGCUUGGCAUCUCAGUGAUUGCUUCCAAAGAGACUCUGGUCGUCCUCAUUUUCCACAUUGUGAUGCGAAAUCGCCCAUGUCUAGUUGCCUCAAAGCUCUCGAUGAUCUUGCCCACAAAGUCUAUCUUGAGUUCUAUCUCGAAACCAACACAAUCUGCCAUCAGUUGCAAGCUCACGCCUUCAAACACGAGACAGAGAGACUCAUCACAGACCUCAAAAUUUCAGCCCAUUACGUAGAAGACAAACUAGAUGCCAUAUCCGACAAAUCCGAGAAUCUCUUGCAAGAAUCAAAGAAACUUCAUGAUUUUGUUGAUUCAUUUGAUGUUCGCACACAACAAAUUGUUGAAACUGUUGUGAAUGUGGAAGAUCGUACGAAGGUUUUGAUGAGGAAUUCAGAGAGCAUAUUUGAGCAGGGGAAGAAAAUUGCAGAUUCACAAUUACAGUUUGCGGAAGUACAAGAGGAUAUGAAGAUGAGAUUUAAGGAAGGGAUUGAGAUUCUGAAAGAGUCGCAGAAUAAUUUAGGGGAAGAAAUAGGGAAGAUAAGGGAUGAAUCCAUUGAGAUUCAGAAGGAGAUCAUUAAAGUUGGAGACACAAUGUCACAAGAGAUGCAAAGUCUUCAUAGUAAAACUGAGAAUAUUGUUCACUUGGCUGCUAUUUCCUUGGACAAACAACAACAUCUCAUUCAUGGCCAAUCCAAAGCACUCGACAACCUCAAUUCAUUAUCUGAGUUCCAAUCAAAAGCACUCCACGAAACAAGGUUGACUUUCCAACAGCUUGCUGAGUUUGGACAGAGACAUCACCAAGAGCUUCUUCUUCGGCAGGAACAAGUUCAAGGACUUCAUGAUCGUUUAAUGACGAAUACAAAAUCAAUACUUUCUGCUCAAGAAUCUUUUGAAUCAAAACAGGCUAGCAUGUUCGCUGCAUUGGACAAGAUAUUUUCUCUGCAGAAUGCUAUGUUUGUGGAAUCUCGAAUGAUCAAAGCUUUUAUUGUUUAUUUUGUGUCCAUUCUUGUCAUCUAUAUGUUGACCAGCACGAAGCAGACGUACAAUACCAGGCCGUGGCUGUAUAUUGGACUUUGUGUUGUGUUCUUAAUGGAAAUAAGCAUCGUUCGUUUCACCAAUGGUAACAUUGAACAACAGGCUUGCAUCAUUAGCAUCAUCAGAUCAGUUUUCAUGAUCAUCGCUUCUGCUCAACUUCUUUACGCCAUUUUCACUUACAGAAAUUAUGAAGUUUUGAGCUAUCAUAUGCUGCAAACUCUCAAUGACAAGCUUAGCAUCAUGGAACAACGCAAGAAACUGGCUUGGGUGACGGAUGAAGAAGAAGAUGAUGAUUUGGAUUGGUCACGAUGGAUUGAUACAGAUUUGCCAGAGGAGGUGAACUGCAUUGAAGAUCCAGAUUUUAUAUUUCCAGAGGAAGAAGUUGGGGAGAAUUCCAUUACUGUGUCUUCCAGGAAAUAUAAUUUACGAAGUCGGAGAAGCCAUUAUCUUUGA